UAAGUCGAGACAGGCUUGAGCGACGGCAACCUUUCAUUACCACGUAAUCCCGAUGAGGUAAUCUCAGGUAGCUGUUUGCUGUCUGAAGGGGAAAAACAUCCCCUGCCUACAGCUUCGGUUGUGCCCUAUACAACCAGCCAUUACUCUUUCACCAAAUCUGAUACUCCUAAUAUACCUGAAGAUGCGACCUCUAUUUCGAUGUCACAAGAUAAAAAAACUAAUGGUGCAGAUCAUGUUGGCAGCUUUGAAGAGGUGCCUGAAGAAGUCAUAAAUUUGAUUGAAGUUUUAUUGAAGGAAGACAACGACGUCACAGGCAAAGAAGAAGAAGAAGAUAUAUACUCAAUUCUGUGGGAUUUUGGCGGACAGGCAGUUUACUACACUACCCACCCACUAUUCCUUACGGACAGAGCAAUAUACCUUUUGGUUAAUGACCUUAGGCGGGACCCACAGGGGAAGGCGGAAUCAGUCAUGAAGCAAGGAACGUUUUGUAAACAACAGGAUAGCUCUCUUUUGAAAACCAAUAGGGAUUAUCUUCAUUUUUGGAUGUCAUCUGUCGCAUCUAUAGCCAUUCAUGAUGAAAGCUAUCCUAAAGAAUGCAAUUCUGAGGUGUUGCCUGAGAAAUUGCCACCCGUGUUUUUAGUUUGCACUCAUGCGGACAAACCCUAUGAUGAAGGUGAUCCAACUGAGCUGGCUAGAAUGACAUUUGGUCACUUACAGACUAAACCCUACCAAGGCCACUUACUUAAUUUCUUUACCGUGGAUAACACCAGGUCUGGUCAUGGGUCUGAGUGUCAAGAAGUUGUGCGCUUGCGUGAGAAAAUAAGAGCCGUUGCAAAAGAAUUACCACAGAUGAAAGACGCAAUUCCAAUCAAUUGGCUUAGAUUUGAAAAGGAAAUGCAAGCUGCGAAGAAUGGAGGUCGCAAAUGGAUUUCCUUUGAGGAUGCAGAACAAAUUGCUUAUGAUGUGUGUCACGUUGCUGACGAUGAAGAAUUUAGAACAUUAUUGAACUUUUUGCAUGAUCAAAGACUUUUAAUUCACUUUGAUGACACUCCGGAGCUGAACAAAAUGGUGGUCUUGGACGCACAGUGGUUGAUUGAUGUGUUCAAGGAAGUUAUAACUACAAUGCCAUUUGACAAUGAGGACAUAAAAUUUAAAAAACUCUGGUUAAGGCUUGAAAAAGAAGGCAUUUUGGAGGAAUCGCUCUUAGAACACGUUUGGGGCUCUUUGUAUCACAACGAGGACACUUGCAAAAGUCUGAUUGCGAUCAUGGAGAAAUUCAGUUUACUAUGUUCUUGGCCAUCUUCUGAUGGUUCAUGCCGGAAGCAGUAUCUGGUACCUUCCAUGUUGAUGUCACAUCCACCAGAAGAUAUUGUGGAACUAGUUGGAUCUGCAGAAAUUCCCCCUCUCUUUAUCAAAUUUGAAUCUGGACAAGUUCCACCUGGCUUGUUUCCCCGAUUGGUGCUGCACUUUUUGCAGUGGUGCAAACAAGAAUGUACCAGCCCAGAGCACCCUCAGCUAUACCACAAUUUUGUCAGAAUUUACGAUUCCAAAGAAGAAAAUUGUUCCGUAGUCCUUCUCUGCCAUAUGUCAUCAAUAGAGGUCGUUCCUUACAGAGGUGACGACGGUCAUGAGGAGGCACACUGUUCAAAGUCAGGGAUGACUUCGCCUUUAGAUAACCACCACGACACCUUUCCUUGCGCGGUAUUGAGGCAACUGGAAUUGAUGCUUGAGUCCAUGCGAAGAGAAUUCUGUUGGCUACAGAUUAUGAAAUAUGAAAUAAGUUUCUUGUGCCCUGUUUGUUGUCAAGGAGGUGCAGUCAGCUACUGCCGCACACAUCGUACAAAAAAUUGCAAGCAAGAAGAAUGCUUGCACUUCAGGCCCGAGUCAAAGCUGUUCAGCGACAAGAAGAUGAUCUGUUGCACCAGAUCUGAAACUGCUAAGAUGAAUAGAAUUUCGAUGAAAAACUUCGAGCCUUGGUUUUCUCCUAUGAGAAAUCAGUUUGCUGUUGAUAAAUGUGGUGACGGAAACUUAGCCUCUGUUGAAGAUGGUGAGGAAAAUUUUUCUGCCAAUGAGUUUUUGCGAAUCCAUUUAACACAGCGGCGAGACGACCAAAAUAUUUCACCACAAUUAAAGGAGAGUCUGCAGCUGGAAGAAGCCUUUCCAGAGAGGUUGGAGUCUGAUUCCAAACGGGGUGAUAUGGUGCAAAACCUGGAUAAAACUACAACAACCACCGAAGUUUCCCUACCUGAUAAUGUUAAGCAAUCCCUCUUGUCAGCGUCGUGCAAUGCCAACGAGAUUGUUCAACAACUGAAGGAGAACCUGCAACUGGACAAAGACGCUCUUGAGCAGCCAGACCCUGACACCAAGAUGAUAAUCCGUAAUCUGGCACAGAAAGCAAAAGAUUUAAGGAGACUUGAUGUCUUCGAACAUUUAAGAGAGAUUGUACCGGCUGGAACUACUGGUCCUUUGCUGCCUGAAAAUCUUCCUGUCCAAAACAUGCCAAUCUCUAAAGCAAGAAAACUUACAAUCGACCUAGUCGGUGGCGAUGAUUGGAUGGAGCUUGCAGAAGGACUGGGACUGACUCCUCAAGAGAUUCGUUUUCUUGACAAGCGUACACUGAACCCAAUGGACGCGGCUCUGUCUUUUAUUGCUAAGCAGCGCCACUUAAGCGUGGGCGAGCUGUACGAAUUGUUAAUUGCACAUGACUUUCCCAUGUUAGCUGACCUUUUGUAAGAAGAUUGUUGCGAGCAAAUAUGUCUGAACUCGGCUUAAUUUUGACCUUUGGUAACAGCCAAUCUGAACCUAAAACGGACACGACAUGCCUGGAUAUUUAGGCUUUUACCUUUUUGUUUUGUUAACGAUAAAGAGUGAGGCGCAAAAUCCUUUCAGCCUGUGUAAUUAAGUCUUGUCACCAAUUAAUCAUAACCAUUGCAAUUUCCGAGAAAAACAGAGAGAUUAGUUAAAUAGGGGCUUGUAAUUCCAGUCUGGAAGGCUCUAAGUGGGGGAUGGUUGGCCAUUUGUAUGGUUAUUCCAAUCAACUCAGUGAUUGGUGGAUUCAUUUGAGUAUAUUCGUUUAAUCGAUCACAUUGUCUAAUUACAACCCUACAGAUUUGUAAAUGAAAUGGAGUUCUUCACCCAAUCACGUUGGAAGAAAUUGUAAACUUAAGGUUAUAAUUUUUUAUUUAAAAGAGACUAUGCAGAUCUCUAUUUCGAAUAUUGCUGUGGGCUUGUCAUAUAGUUUUGGAUAUAGCAUGACUAUGUGAUAAUUUCUGGUAGAGGAUUGUUAUAUGCAUUCAAGUAAGAUGACAUAGUGGAGAUGUUGUAAUACUGUACUGUUUUGAGAGUUGCUGAUUCAAAUAGGCUAUAUGUAAAGUUACUGAAAUGAAAGUCCUCAAAUGAUAUGCCUAUGAAAGAACCUAGAAGUUUCAAAGAGAAAUAUACAUCCAUAAAAAGUCAUGCCGUCGAUGAGAUUUAGUUUCUUAUCGUAUAGUAUUUUUACACUGCUAGUAUCAGAUGACUUUGAUUUUAUCUUGCAAAUGUAAAUUCAUAUUUCGUUUAGCAGAGGUAGUCACGUAACAAUUGACAUAAGCACGAGAUUCGAAGAGUAAUGUUGUCUGAGGCGACAAAUGAAGCUUUUAACCUACUUUGAAUUAAGAUUUGCGUUUCAAUAGUUGUACUCAGCUUUCAAAAUCAUGACCUCGUAAACGCUUUCUAUAGCUCACAGCGGUUUACGUUUGAAAGCAAAGUAAGGCUUGGUUAAUCUUCUAGAGAAAGAAGCAAUUCAUUUUUCGACCCUUUGAAGAACAUUAGUCUCCUACAGGUUUGCUGUAGUUUGUUACAAAUCAACGUUUUGGAGUGUGUAUUUUUUGUGGUGUUAACUUGUUUUGGUAUGAUCGCCAUUACUACCUAUGCAAAUUAUCCCUACAAACUAUAUCUUAACGCUAGAGCCAGUCUUAUUUCAAUGGUUCCCAAUAUAGCACGCAAAGUCAGUCAAAGUCAUAAUCGCCCUGAAAACACCGACAUCUUGGAAACUACUUUAAUAGUUUUAAUAAUUUGACUUAAAAGUCAAAUAAAUGUAAGGAUUCAUCAGGGCAAUAGGCUUAUUAGAAAAAUCAUAGACUCUAAUUUUUAGUGUAACAGCAACUUUUGAGUGAGUGUGGUAUGCAUUAAGCUUAACUCUUUUUCAGUAAAAUAAGAAGAAUGUGGCAGCGAAAUCGCCUGUAACUUACGCAUGCGUAAAGCCUUACCACUGUGGUAGUGACUGUGCCCCCGAGUAAGGUGUUGGUCUUCACGUGAAGCUUAGUAAUGAGGUCAUGUUUUUCUGAAUAGUUGCCAAGCUUGAACAUCGAUGUCUUCCGUCUAAUUUGUUGAGAUUUUCUAGGUUACUUUCUUGAAAUUCAAACAUUACACAAAUGUCGAGAGCUAUUUUUAUUUACCGGAGAACUUACACGAGAAGAGAGCUUUCUCACAUGGGCCCUCGAACAGCUAAAUCAUAUAACACGAACUGAUUAAGUUACCGAAACGAAAAGAGUUGCAGUUGAGGUAAAACUAUAUUACACAAAAUAUGUUAUGCAAUAAAAAGAGUCAUUAACAUAACCAAAAAUCAUCCAACUC